AUGCUUAGUCGUAUGCGGAUGCGUUUUCAGCCAUACUACCUACGUUACAGUGUGAAAUAUCAAGUGGCGUGCACAUGCAAACCAUCAUCGGCGCAGUACGCAUGCGCGGACGAUCCUGGCCCCCCGCCCCCAGCCAAAACGGACACCCCUCCAGCCCUCCCGCCAAGACCACCGACUAGUGUUUUGGCUGCUACAAACAGGCGAAACAAUGCAGCAGUGGGGUGCAAUAAUGAGACGACUUGCCGGCGUCGCAAGUAUGCGUGGUGGUGUGUUGGUUGCGGCGCGCUGGCAGCCGCGCUCGGCGGGCUACUUGCAGCACAGCAUAUACUGCUGCGAGCUUACACAGCAUCACCACAACACCUGGAGACAGUGCCCGCUGCUGUACCGGCUGCUAUGGUGUUCGCUGCGUGUUCGAGGGCGUGUCAGAAUGUGGUGUGGUACACGGUGCUCUCUACUGGUGCCUGCGGGGAGUGUUCGCGCUAUCGGUGA